UUUUAGUCGCCAUUAGAAUAGCACAGAUUUACGGACUUGGUCUCGGGUCGUCAGAGGUAGCUCCGCGUGUGGCGAAGCGGGGCAGGGCUCUUUUACCAGUGGGCCUUAGUAUAAUGUGUGCUGCUCAUCUUGUGUCUGAAGGAGAUACAGAUAUGAAUACCACAGUGGAAGGGAAAGAUGCUGGAGAGACUGCAUCCUUGAAUGAGGCAAACACCGCUCCCCCAAGUCCUCAAAUUACACCUUCUGGUGAACAAGAUAAAGUCCCAAGUGCAGAGGACCCUGGGGAGCAAGAAACCAGCCAAGGAAGAGACACAUCAGACCCUGCAGUCUCUCAUCAGAACUUGAGAUGGUUUCAGCGUCCUGGAGUAGCUCCACCCCAAGAGGAGGAGCUGAGCCAAAUCCGGGAGCUCUGUAUGCAGUGGAUGGAUCCUGAGACUCAUGCCAAAGAGGAUGUUCUGGAUAUGCUGGUGCUGGAUCAAUAUGUGAUUGUCCUGCCCAGAGAAAUCAUGACUUGGGUGAAGUCACAGCCUUCGGAGAACAGUGAGGAGGUAGAGAUCCUUUUGGAAGAUUUGAGCCAGAUGUUUGAGGACAAUGUUCUACCUUCUCAGGACUCUGCUGUUUCCCAGGAUCAGAGCUCUGCAGAAGAGGGAGCAGCUUCUAGGCCCUUGCCAGAUGAAUCCCAGGACUCUGUGACAUUUAAGGAUGUGGCUGUAAUGUUCAGUCGGAAGGAAUGGUGGCAUUUGCAGCCAGCCCAGAUGGAGCUGUACAGAGAUGUGAUGCUGGAGAACUACAAGAACAUGGUCUCUGUGGGGCUUCUUACUUCUAAGCCAGAGCUGAUAGCCCAGCUGGAGAGAGGAGAAGCGCCGUGGAUGAGGAGCAGGAAUGUCUCCAGAGGUCCUGGUGCAGGUUCAGAGACCAGGUUUGUUACCAAAGAAUCAGCUCCAAAACAGGGCAUUUUUUUGAAAGACCUGUCUCAGGAAAGGCUCUCGAGAGACGGUCCCUCUGCCUCUACCUUGGGAGGAGCCUGGAAAGGUGAGGAAAAGCAGCAAGACAACCAAGAAGGACAAUCUAGUCAAGGAACAAUAGAACAGGAGAAAACAUCUAAGGUGAGACGGCCUAGAUGUAAUAUAUUUAGGAAAUACUUCAGGCUAGGGUCAGGCAUUGUUACAAAAAAGAAAGUUCCUACAGGAACAAAUCUCCAUAAAUAUACUAAACAUAAAAUGAGCCUCAAACAGUAUUUAGACCUGGUUAGAAGUAAAAUGACGACCCCAGAGAAGAAACCUAAUUUUAAGGUAAGGCCGAAGACCCGAAGUUACUACUCAAACCUUUUUAAGUCUCGUAGGAUACCUCCUGGAAAAAAAGGCUACAAGUGUAAGGCAUGUGGGAAAACUUUCAUCUACAAUUCAUCUCUUACUCGACAUCUGAGAAUCCAUACUGGGGAGAAACCCUACAAAUGUUAUGAAUGUAAGAAGAGCUUUAGGCGGCGCUCAUUUUUCAAUCUACAUAAGAGGGUUCAUACUGGAGAGAAACCUUUUAAGUGUAAUCAGUGUAAGAAAGCUUUCAUCCGGGACUCAUCCCUUUUUAAGCAUCAAAUAAUUCAUACUGGAAGGAAACCCUACAAGUGUAAUGAAUGUAAGAAAGCCUUUACCCAGAGGGGACUACUUACUGAACAUCAAAGGACUCAUACUGGAGAGAAACCCUUUAAAUGUGAUGUGUGUAAGAAAGACUUCAGUCACAAAUCAUCCCUUAUUCAACAUCAGAGAAUUCAUACUGGAGAAAGAACCUUCAAGUGUAAUAUAUGUGGAAAGGCCUUCAACCAGAGCACACGCCUAACUGAACAUAAAAGAAUUCAUACUGGAGAGAAACCCUAUAAGUGUAAUAAAUGUGAGAAGGCCUUCACUCAAAGAACACAUCUCAAUGAACAUCAGAGAGUUCAUACUGGAGAGAAACCCUAUAAAUGUAGUCAUUGUGAGAAAGCUUUCAGUAAUAGCUCAUCCCUUACUCAGCAUCUUCGAAUUCAUACUGGAGAGAAACCUUAUAAAUGUAAUCAAUGUGAGAAGGCCUUCAGUCAGAACUCAUCCCUUAUCAUACAUCUGAGAUUCCAUAGUGGGGAAACACCUUUUAAAUGUAAGGACUGUGGGAAGGCCUUCAGCCGUAACUCGUCCCUUACGAGGCAUCAGAAAACCCAUAGUGGGGAGAAACCUUUCAAGUGUAAUGAAUGUGGGAAAGCCUUUGGUCGGAAUUCAUCCCUGACUGACCAUCAGAAGAUCCAUACUGGAAAGAAACCUUAUAAGUGUAAUGAAUGUGGAAUAUCCUUCAAUCAGAAUACUCGCCUUAUUGAACAUCAGAGAAUACAUACUGGAGAGAAGCCCCACAAAUGUGAUCUGUGUAAGAAAGCCUUCAGGAGUAGUUCAGCUGUUCUCAGGCAUCAGAGAAUUCAUAGUGGAGAAUAACAGAGUGGAAUCAUACAAGGGGAAAGCUUCAGUCACGCUUGUCACAUAUUAAAUACCCCAGAGUCAAAUGAUCACAAUCUGCCCCUUGGGAGUUAGAGAGAGAUUUCCCUCUUCCCUGUAGUACACUACCUGCUUUCAAGCCACGGAUUUGCAUAAGUUGAACAGGAAGGAGCAUUGUUAUGAGAUCUGUAGUAGUAGAAGUACCGAGUCUUCUAAAAAUAACUAACAGAAGAAGGAAUCUUUAUUAAGUUUCCAGCUCUAGUAUUAGAACAACUGGGCAAUAUAUGUGAGUAAAGGGAUAAAAGAAAGUCCUGCUAAGGUAAAUGCAUAUUUUAAAAGUACCCCUGUUACUUUUGGUGUGCACAAACUAGUUGUGGGCACAUCCCUGUGAAAUAUCUUCAGAUUCUUGUAUAUUCCACCCUGAAACAAGUUCCUGGUGUUAGGUAGGCUAGUGAAGAGUGGAUAGAAUUUUUUCAAUUGGGGCCUGGCACUAGAUCUAGAAGAUGGAGGGGAUGAGGCAGGACCCCCUAGUUUAGGAGUAAGGAAGAUAGAAAGCUGUUUUGGAGCUAAAGAAACUUGUUUCUUUUUCCUCCCAGGACAGUGGUGGAAGUUGUGAUAGAUACCUUCUUUGGUUUCUUGGCAUUCUCUUCUCUGCACCCCAGGGAUUCCAGUGCCCUGUGUUGCCUUCUGACUACCCAAAGUCCUUCACUGUAUCCUCUACUCAUCCCUAUCUUUUUCUACAAUGUCUUACAUUCUAGAAUUACUGCUUUUCUGCUUCCUCCCAUCAGCCUUCCCUUUCCCCAGUGCAUCUUAAUAUGGAAAGUCAAUUUACACUCCAUUCCCAAGAUUUACCUUCCAGCCUGUUUCUUGGAGGUUGAACUAUGACUUACUGGGUGAUAUUGCCUCCAAGCUGUGGGCCAAGGGGCUCACAGAUUUCAACCAUGUCUGAGCGCAGCCUUUCCAAAGCAAGCGUUUUGCUUUUUUGGAAUUGAAAUAGGUUCAGAGGAGAUGAGCUGAAAGCAGGGUAGAAUUUGGAAAUAGGUGUAGUUUCCCUGAGGCCCUCCCUUCCUUUUCCUGUGUUUGUCUGCUCUUGUCUUCUUUCUUCAGGGGCCUCUUCUGCUUAAUCUUGAAUCAGGUAUUAGUAACUAAGGGAACAUUUUUGGCAGCAUCAUAAUGGAAGGACCUUCAAGAACAUCUAGUCCCAACUAGCUCAUCUUAUCGGUGAUAAAACAGAUCCAGAAGAAGGAAAUGACCCACUCAGAGUCAUGUAGGUAAUAAGUAACAGAGUCAGGAUUCAAAUACAGACCGUAUGACUUCAAAUCCAAUGUUCUUUUCACCAUACCCUGUCUCCACUGAGCAGGGAAUUCUCAGCAUCACCAGGCUAGAUGAAAAAGUAAUUGCCAUGAAGCCAGGAGGGGCACAAUCCUUGCCUUUCUCCCUUAGCCAUGGUCUCUUUCCCAUAGUGUUUCAUUUGUUUUAGUUUUAUGUUUGUCCCCAUUUUCAAGUUUGUAAUUAGGUCCUCCUCCCGCAUCAUGACACCAUCAUGCUAGAAGUAUUUUCCCGUUUACAAAGCACCUUUCUGAUGACAACCUGUUUAGCUCUCCCCUGCUCAAGGGGCCAGUUAUUCAUCCCUGUCAAAAUCAACCCUGCUCAGGUAUUGGCUAAAAACUCAGGUGUGAGUUGAUGGGUAGUUAAAUGGUGACUCCCUCACUUAUAACUUGAAGCAAUCAGUGGGAUUAUAGUUGACAGCUAUUUCCCAUGGUUUUAUUCCCACCUCUUUAUCAUACCCUGGGGAUGAUUUUGGUAACAACAAAUUGCCUCACCCUGUAAAAACAAACCUCUACCUGUUUUCUUUGAAACUCAACUCUCUAUAUAAACUGAUUUCAGAACCCCAGCAAGCCUUUUGUUUCUGUAGGUUUUAAGCUGUCCCUGUCUCCCAUUCUGUUACCUCUGAUAUCGCUGAACUACCUGUUGGGAUAAUUUAGACAUCAUUCCCAACUGAUUCCAAAUUCACCCUUAUAUCUUAAACUUUUUUGCUUCUUGAUGUUCUUCCCUCUAUAUUUUAGGUUAAUUUGUGAUCUUAAGUUACAUUGAGAGGUACAGUGUCCAAAAUGAGCGAGGUUAUAGACCUCAUUUCUGCAUGGGCAGAACCCAUCUCAAGUUAUGUGUUCAAGUUGGGGUGUCGGUUUUAAGAACAACUUUGGCAAAAUGGAGCACAUGCAGAAGAAGGUGAUGUGGCUGUUGAAGGUAACAGAGAAUGUGCCACAAGAAGAACUACUGAAGGAAAUGAACGAUGUUUAGCUUAGUUAAAAGGAUGUGUUGUCAAGUAUUUGCACCAGCAAGGGAGAUUCAGCUUGUUCUGCUUGGUCCCAGAUAGCAGAAUUAGGAGCAGUAUAUAGAAAGUGUCCUAACUCUGAGAUUCCCUAAUGUUGUGAUUCUCUCUAAACCUUCCUAAAGCCAGUUUUGCAAAGGUUGUAUAAGCAAAAAAAAAAAAAAAAAAAAAA